AUAUGAUAUCUACUUUCUUUCCCUUUUAAUUCACCUAAUCUUUCUAUUAUUCUCCUUUCUAUUAUUAUACACAUAUAAAUAACACGAAAUUAGCUAGGUAUUUCAUUUAUUUCAACAAAUUACAACUUCAAAAAAAAUAAAGAUGGUGAAGGAUAAGAAAGAGAAAAUUGAUUUACUAUCAUCUUCACAUUCAUCAUCUACUUCUUCUUCUUAUGGUUGUGAGAUUGGUGACCCGUCAUCGUCGUCGUCAUCGUUAUCAUCAUUACCAUAUUCCGAUGUUGAUGAUAUUGUAGAAAAGCUAAAUGAUGAUGCUCAAUGUCGUUUGAGAUUUGUUGAUGCAGGGGAGGUCGACUCUUUGGGGGAGGUUGACAAUGGUGGCAUGCACUGGAAAGAAGUCGAACAACGGUUCGACCGGAUUGCCUUUUUUGCUUCUCAUGGCCAUGACGAUCACGAGUCUGUUCCUACGAUUGAUGCCUCACAUUUUGGUUAUUGCAUAGGCAUGCAACAAAGUGCACAAUUUGCUGAUGAACUUGUACAAGUACUAAAGGGAAGAAAGAACCACACCACCAGACUCACCAAAAGAGAACUCCAUGGCUAUUGGCGUCGCCUCGCAAAUCCUUCUCAUGAUUCCUUAAUACAAAUCUUAUUUGACAUGUGCGAUAAAGACAUGGAUGGAAGAAUUACCAAAGAAGAUUUAAAACAGAUGAUAAUGUUAAGUAGUUGUACUAAUAAAAUGGGCAUGAAGCAAGAGGAAGCAGAGCAUUUUGGUUCCAUGAUUAUGCAAGAAGCUGAUACUCAACAAAAGGGCUACAUUGAGGUCUAUGAGCUAAAGGAUCUCCUCAAAACAGUCUUAACAAAAGAAUACCUGUCAAAAGAACAGAAAUUGACAGAGUCGUCGUCCUCCACAACUUCAACCUCUAAUAACCACCAAGAUUAUAUGCAUCGACAACAACAACACAAUAACGCUACAAUCAAGUCUAUGCCAGAGAUCUUAAUCAGAACGUAUUGGCGGCGAGCCUGGGUGGUAACACUAUGGCUGGUGAUAUGCAUUAGUCUAUUUACAUGGAAAUUUAUACAGUAUAAACAUAGAGCUGCCUUUCAAGUUAUGGGAUAUUGUCUAAGUACGGCUAAAGGUGCUGCUGAAACUCUAAAGUUGAAUAUGGCUCUAAUACUUUUACCAGUUUGUCGAAACUUGGUUACUUGGCUUAGGAGGACCCCUCGAGUUAGCAACAUUGUUCCUUUUAAUGAUACUAUCAACUUUCAUAAGCUAAUUGCAGGAGGCAUAGUGAUAGGAGUGAUCUUACAUGGAGGUACUCAUCUUGCCUGUGACUUGCCAAGAAUAACAGCAAGUAAUCCACUAGUUUUUCAAAGAACAUUUGGUAGCACAUUUGGGAACCAACAACCCUCAUAUUUGCAAGUAUUAUGCACAACUGAAGUUUCAACUGGGAUUGCCAUGCUCAUUCUCAUGUCCAUUGCCUUUUCUCUAGCAACAAGGAUGCCUCGCCGCCAAUCUCCGUCGUUGCCUCAGCCUAUUCGCAGUGUGACGGGCUACAACACAUUUUGGUACUCCCAUCACCUCCUCGUCGUCGUCUACAUUUUGCUCAUCAUCCACUCUAUGUUCCUCUUCCUUGUCACCAGUUUUGCCGAAAAAACGACAUGGAUGUACCUGGCAAUUCCGAUGUUACUAUAUUCUGGUGAACGAAUCUAUCGAAGCAUAAGGUCAGAGAUUCAUGAAGUUAAUGUUCUUCAGGCCAAUAUGUACCCUGGAAAAGUCCUACAUUUGAAGUUAUCCAAGCCAACAACAUUCACAUAUAGUAGUGGCAUGUAUACAUUUAUCAAGUGUCCCCAAGUUUCGCCUUUGGAAUGGCACCCUUUUUCUUUAACAUCCGGACCAAAUGAUAACCAUCUAAGCAUUCAUGUUAGAACCCUUGGAGAUUGGAGUUAUCAAAUUCACAACCUAUUCCACGAGCAGGCAAUGAUGUCAAAAUCGUUCGAUUAUCCAAAGGUAUACAUCGACGGUCCAUACGGAGCAGCUUCUCAAGAUCAUGUUAAGUAUGAAGUGGUUGUUCUAGUUGGCCUUGGCAUAGGAGUAACACCUUUCAUCAGUGUUCUUAAAGACAUUGGAGAUAGGCUUCAAAAACCACCUUCUAAUCAUGUAAAUGACGUAGAUUCAAUAGAAGGUCCUUUAAAGGCCUAUCUUUAUUGGGUUACUAGGGAACAUGGUUCUUUAGGGUGGUUCAAAGAUGCCAUGAAUGAAAUCUCUCAAAACAACCAAAAACAGAAAGUGAUAGAGAUGCACAACUUCCUUACUAGUGUAUAUCAAAGUGGGGAUGCAAGAUCAAUCCUUCUAAGCAUUAUUCAAGCCUUGUACUUGGUGAAAAGUGGCCUUGAUGUCUUUUCUCAAACUCAGGCACAAACUCAUUUUUCUCGGCCUAAUUGGUUCAAAAUAUUCUCAAACUUGGCUCGUAGACAUACUGGUUUACGUAUAGGGGUAUUCUACUGUGGCUCAAUGAAGUUGGCAAGGGAGCUAGAGGGUUUGUGCACCAAAUUCUCUACCAAAACCACAACUAGAUUUGUCUUCCACAAAGAAAAUUACUAGAUCUUUUUUUCAAUUUUCCUUGUGAGUUAGUAUAGGCUGAUCUUACCAAAUCCAAAAGUGGGUGGUAGGAGAAUUUUGAUACGCCAAAUAAUUUGUUCAAUUAGCAAAAUAAUUGGUUUAGGGUAAUUGGGAAUAUCUAAGAGAAUGUGGGUUGUGUAAAUUAUGUAUAGGUAAUUGGCAAAAGUUAUGUACUUCGUACUACGGAGUACUACAUUCAUGAACUCGAAAUAUCAAUUUUGUAUUGGAGAAUAAAAACAGUCGACUCGUGAUAAAAUAAAUUCUCAAAAAUCUUUU